UCCAAUGGUCCAAAUCCAGACUUGUUUGAUUAAAAUAAGCCAGUUCAGUUGGAUUGGUGCGUACAUAACCUUCCCGUAGGCCAUAACCCAACUUCAGAUUCACCACUCUCUUCUUCUUAUUCAGUUGCAGUAGUUUUCAGUUUAAGUUGUAGUUGGAACUCUCGUCUCUUUCUCAUUGUUAACAGCGGCUGCUACACACUUCUGCUUCUCUCAAUCUCAUCUCGGCUAUCUCUAUUAUGGACUCUGCAACUUGUGCGGACCUGUCAAACAAAUGCCAAGGUUGUGAAAAAUUGGAUGUUGUUUGUAACAAGGAAGUUGUUCAAGUAUCAGCAAUGUCUAAUGGGUCAGCUUCUCUAGAGCCUAUCACUCCUGUUCCUAAUAGAGAGAUCGCUGAUUCUCCAUAUGACUGUAAUACUCCGCUGACUGAGGCGAAGAGACCUACCAAAGUUCCGUGUUUUGGUGCUAAAACUGCUAGAAAAGAGGACCUAGUUGCAUGUGCUGAUGAUAGCAGCCCCCGUGCUAAAACCGCUAGAAAAGAGGACCCAGUUGCUUGUGUUGAUGAUAGCAGCCCCCGAACACCCAAAGAUGUUGUCUUCGACCCCUUUGCUCCUGGUCCUGAUAACAUGGCAAUGGCUCCCCUCUGUAAGAAAUAUGCUGAGCAAAUGAGGACUAGUGUUGCACGCUGCCUGAAAUUUGAAUCUUCUUUCAGUUUGAUGGAAAAUAAGACUUGUGUUGAUGAUACGGAGUCGAUUUCAGAUGAGGAGAUGUUUGAAUCUGUUUACAAUAAUCUCUUGGAAGCUAUUGUUUCAAAGCAGACUGAGGGCCUCCUAGCUGAAAUUUCAAACACUGAAUGGGAUGCUGACUGUUGCAAGACACCUCCAGCUCCUCACCUAAAUGGAAUUGCUGAAACUUGCCCUGGUGCUCCAGUGAAGCCCUCAGCAAAAUCAAGGAAGAUUGAUUUAGGAUUAUGCAGAAAGCUUGAAUUCUGAUAUAGUGGAUUUGUAAGUUUUUGACACAGCUGACAAUAGUGCAAUCUUGAGGUUUCGAUGCAGAGAAUGACGUAGCGGCAAGCAGUGACUAAUUUUUGCUUUAUUUCAUCAUGUUGUACUUUUUAAACCCUAACGUUUGUUCUUCUAAAUUAUAACUUGUGGCACUGGGAGAAUAUGAGAGAAUAUGUUCCAAGAGAAAACAGUUCUGUCUGCCCGAGCUUCCGGCGUAGUGCUAGCAUUGUAUAGUUGAUAUUAAUCUUAUUUAUAAGUUGGCAAGUUAUUUUUUCUCUGAACAUUUUCGAUGUCCUUUCUCUAUUUUUUGUAACAAAGAAUUAUUUCUGCAUGGUGGUU